GGGGAGAGGAGAGGCCGAGCAACGGUGGCGAAGGCCGUCAUGGAGGAGCCGGCGGUGGCGGGCGGCGGCGGAGGCGGCGGAGGCGGCGGCGGCGCGGUUUUCCGCCCCGGCGUCGACAACCUGGACGAGCCGCCCAACAGCCGCGUGUUCCUGGUGAUCAGCAAGAGCACCCCCGAGGCCGUGCUGCGCGAGCGCUUCUCGGCCUUCGGCGAGAUCCAGGACAUCUGGGUGGUGCGCGACAAGCACACCAAGGAGUCCAAGGGCAUCGCCUUCGUCAAGUUCGCCCGCAGCUCGCAGGCCUGCCGCGCCAUGGAGGAGAUGCACGGACAGUGCCUCGGGCCCGCCGACGCCAAGCCCAUCAAGGUAUUCAUUGCCCAGUCACGGUCCUCUGGAAGCCACCGAGAUGUUGAAGAUGAAGAACUCACCAGAAUCUUCGUAAUGAUCCCCAAGGCCUACACCGAAGAAGAUCUGAGAGACAAGUUUAAGGUAUAUGGAGACAUUGAAUAUUGCAGCAUUAUCAGAAUAAACACAGGAGAAAGUAAAGGCUUAGGCUACGUGAGAUAUUUAAAGCCAUCCCAAGCUGCCUUGGCGAUAGAAAACUGUGAUCGAAGUUAUAGGGCGAUCCUGGCAGAACCUAAAAAUAAGGCAGCUGAAGCCUCCGAUCAAGACUACUACAACAGUAUGAGGCAGGAGACAUUGGGACACGAGCAAAGAGUCAGUAUGUUUCCCUUCGAAGAACAGCCGAAUUUGCAGUUUUGAAAAAAACGAGGAACCAGAGGUCAAGAGUCUGUUUCCAAACGCUUGUCAGUAGUAUCGCGAGCUUUCACCCAAGAGCAGCUCUUCGGCCUUUUUGAUAAUCCGGGACUGGAAUAUUGUGUCCAACGAGACCCGUACUCCAACUAUGGUCAUGGUGUCGUUCAGUAUUUUAAUGUAGCGUCAGCUAUAUAUGCUAAAUACAAAUUACAAUGGGUUCAGUACCCUCCCGGAAAUCGAAUAGGAGUCUCCUUCUUGGAAGACGGGACAAACGGAUCAAGUAAGCUCCUUAGAAAAAUGGCAACCCAGAUGGUUGCAGCACAGCUGGCAUCAGUGGUGUGGAACAAUCCCGGUCAACAGCAGUUUAUGAUGCCUCCACCUUAUGGAGGGUCUUCUAGCUCUCAGUUACCGAUCCAGACAGAUGUUGUGCUUCCAUCAUGCAAAAAGAAAGCUCUCCCCGACACUACUGUGAAGGAAAGACUCUUCAUUGUGUUUAAUCCUCAUCCCUUACCUUUAGAUGUAUUGGAAGAUAUAUUCUGUCGUUUUGGCAAUCUUAUUGAAGUCUACCUGUCUGGAAAAAAUGUGGGGUAUGUUAAGUAUGCAGAGAGAUCAAGUGCUAAUGAUGCCAUAGCUGCUUUACAUGGAAAGAUCCUGAAUGGUGUCAGGCUUAAAGUUAUGCUGGCAGAGUCACCAAGAGAAGAAUCUAACAAACGGCAAAGAACUUAUUGAACCUGUGGGUGAUGAUUUUCAUGCUUGUGUUGUGUUCUUUCUGCAGAACAGAGACUAAAUAAUGACAUGACCUUCAGACGACUGACUGAAAAUGUGACUGGACUCACCCCCUGUGGACAGUUGACAGCUUUUUUUUUUUGCAUAAUUUGCUAGCUUGUUUCUGCACAAUUACGUCUCGUUGGGGAAGGAGGAAACUCAGACAUGUAUUUCAACUUCAAACAAUACUGGUAAAGCUAAUUCAAUAGUUGUUAUCAAAACACGAUGUCAUGUACAGCUGAAAUAAAACGUUUCUUCGUUUAACUAA